CAAGUUUUCAAACUAUAUAGCAGUGAGAGAGAGAGACACAGAGAGAGAGAGAGAGAGCUCACUUUCCCCUGUUCCCUUCACUCCUAAAAAGCUCUUUAGGAGGGAAGGGAUCAUCACCACCAUGGAAAUGGGGGAUCACCAGAAAAAUCUACACCAUUGUAGAAAACGUCCCAGAUUUGCAGAGAGUUUGUGCCUUCUUCUUCUAUCCCUGUUUGCCAUUUCCGCCUCUGCUCGAGCCUUCGAUUAUGCAGAUGCUCUCACAAAGAGCCUUCUCUACUUCGAAUCUCAACGCUCCGGGAGGCUGCCGUACAACCAAAGAGUCACCUGGCGUGACCAUUCCGGCCUCACCGAUGGCCUAGAACAAGGAGUUGAUUUGGUCGGAGGAUAUUAUGAUGCCGGCGACCAUGUAAAAUUUGGGCUUCCAAUGGCAUUCACAGUGACAAUGCUCUCAUGGGGUGUCAUAGAAUUCCGGCAACAAAUCGCCGACGCCGGAGAAUUGGAACAUGCCAUGGAGGCUAUUAAGUGGGGAACAGAUUAUUUCAUUAAGGCACACACUAGCCCAAAUGUGUUAUGGGCAGAGGUGGGUGAUGGUGACACCGACCACUACUGCUGGCAGCGGCCAGAGGACAUGACGACGUCGAGGCAGGCGUACAAGAUCGACGAGAACAACCCCGGGUCGGAUCUCGCCGGAGAGACGGCGGCGGCAAUGGCGGCAGCAUCAAUAGUGUUCAAGAAAACAAAUCCACAUUACUCGCAGCUACUUCUACACCAUGCCCAACAGGUGUUUGAAUUUGGAGAUAUGUACAGAGGAAAGUAUGAUGGGAGUGUGGAGGUGGUGAAGAGCUACUAUGCGUCGGUGAGUGGGUACAAAGAUGAGUUGUUGUGGGGAGCUUUGUGGCUGUACAUGGCCACCGACAAGGAUGAGUAUUUCAAGUAUUUUGUUCACAAGGCUCACUGCUUUGGUGGCACUGGUUGGGCCAUAUCUGAGUUCAGCUGGGAUGUCAAGUAUGCUGGCCUCCAAGUCAUUGCCUCUAAGUUGCUUAUGGAAGAGAAGCACAAGGAGCACGCUCACAUACUCGAGCAGUACCGUUCGAAAGCAGAAUACUACAUAUGCUCUUGCCUUAACAAGAACAAUGGCAGCAACGUGGAGCGCACCCCCGGCGGCCUCUUAUACGUCCGGCAAUGGAACAACAUGCAGUACGUUUCAACGGCAGCUUUCCUCCUCACAGUAUACUCCGAUUUGCUUCAAAACUCAAACCAGAAGCUCAACUGCCACGGAGGAAUGGUGGGUCAUGAAGAAAUCCUCACAUUUGCAAAAUCACAGAUUGAUUACAUCUUAGGCUCUAAUCCAAUGAACAUGAGCUAUUUGGUCGGCUAUGGUGCAAAUUUCCCAGCAAGGGUGCACCACAGGGGAGCCUCAAUUGUGUCAUAUAGAGAGAACAAAGGGUUCAUUGGUUGCACCCAGGGGUAUGAUUAUUGGUACAGCCGGCAGGAGACCAAUCCCAAUGUUCUGGUCGGAGCAUUGGUCGGAGGGCCGGAUUGCCAAGAUAAUUUUGAGGACCAAAGGGAGAAUUUUAUGCAGACAGAGGCCUGCACAUAUAAUACAGCUCCCUUGGUUGGAGUUUUUGCGAAGUUGUUGCAAUUAGAGGACCCAAAUUUGCUUGCUUCUUAUUAGAAUUUCUAAUAUCGGAAGAAUCAGUUGAUCGGACCUCGUACUCCAGGCAAACCGAACCUUUGCUUCGUUCUUAUAAGAUACGAUCUCAACCGAGUGUUGGAUCUUCUAUAAAAACGCUCUCUCACAUUUGAUCGAAUCAGUUGAUCGGACUCCAUACUCAAGGUGAAGGAAACCUUUGCAUGCUUCUUAUUAUAAAUGAUAUCAUAUAGUGUUUUAUCUUCUAUAAGUACACUCCCUCCAACAACACAUUUUUUUUUUUUUUAGGGGGCUGAAGUAAGGUGUGCCAGCCUGAUGUGUUCCUUGAUUGUUUUGUAAUAUUUGAAAUAGAGAUGAAUACAAGAUUAUAAAUUGUCAGCAUUGUGGCUUUAUUUC